AUGGGUAACACCCUCUCCAACCGCCCAGACAUCCAAGUCGCCGGCCACUACCGGCCCGUGCUAACAAACUGCCCCUGCUCCCCGUCCUCAAAUCUACGCCUCCGCUCCCGCUCCCGCUCCCGCUCACCCUCCUCCCACGACUACCCCUCCCCCCGCUACCACGCCGCCCUCCCACUCCGCGGCGUAGGCGGGCCAGCACCAUACAGGCCUUCUCCAGGUGGUGGAGCCUUCCGCAGCCCCCGGCCUCCAACACCAGCCGCCUACGGCCCACGGCCCCGCGCCGCCGCGGCGUAUCCCAUGGCCUCGCCACACUGGAGCCCUGCGGCGGCCUACCCGGCGCAGCCGUACCCACAGCCCCAGCCCCAGCCCCAACCGUACCCCCAGCCGCCCGCGCGGCAGCAGCAGCAGCCUCCGUACCAACCGCCAUACCAACCGGGCCCCUAUCAAGCGCAGCCGCAAUACCAACCCCAGCCUCGCCCGCCCGUGGCCGCACAUCAACCGCCCCCAGUACAACGAGACUACGCACGCUUCCCCGGCGACGCCUUCCUGGACGCGUGCUUCUGCAAGACGGCGUGCCGGUGCCGCCAGGGGACGCGCGUGCUGUACCGCAGCCGGCGCGCCGACGGGACCAUGGGCGAGGGGGAGAUCCGGUAUGAGCUGAAGGAGGACGUGGAGAAUGGGAUGGCGGCGUGUGGGGGGGACGAUGGCCGGGGUGGAAAGGGCAGGGGGGAUAGGGGGAAAGGGGAUCGGGGGUGCAGGGAGCGGGUGAAGAAGAGCGAGCGCAAGGUGCUCGGGCGGAUGGAGGCGUUGGAGCGCGGGAGGAGGCGGGAUGUGGACGAGUUGCGGAGGUUGGUGGGGAUGCAGGGGAGACGGGGGGAGGGGUUUGGUGGUGGUGGUGGUGGUGGUGGGGGUGGGGGGAUGGAUCCUAGAAUGGGUAGGGGGAUGAGGGAGAUGCCGUUUGGAAUGGGAGGGGGAGGGCGGAAUGGGUUUGUGGGCGAUCCGUAUGGUGAGAUGGGCGCCGGGGGUGGAGGCGGUCCGGGUGAUAUGUAUGCUGGGAUGGGCUAUGAGCAAGACUUUGGAGAGGAGUCGAUUCCUGACCAUGAGUUUGGCGCCAACCAAGCUGGGCGUUUUGCCAUGGGCGGCGGUAUGCCACCGCGAGGAGCCCGCCCGCCUCGCGGUGCAGGACGAAGACAAAGUGCUAUGGGCGCUGGGCCGGGGAUGCACGACGACGGCCUCGAUGGCGGAGACCCGCGAGGCCAGUUUGGCAACAGGGGCCGAGGAGGCCAACGCGGCGGCAGGCCUCAAUGGGGACGAAGAGGUCUUUCUGGACGGGGCAUGCGGCCUGGGCAACCCCUGGAUGACAGCGAAGGGCUAGCAGGGAAUCCGGGUGGUGAGGGGGAGGAAUGGGUGAGUGAGGAUGAUUCCCGUAGAGAGAAUGCCGAUGGACGCGACGGGCCUGCUGAACCACAGCAACAGCAGCAACAGCAACAGCAACAGAGACCGCCGCCCCAAGCUCGACGGUCCAGCCGGAUGGGGUCGGGGCAGGGAGAGGCUUGGAGAGAAGCAAGAGGUGCGAUGAUGGACUCGGUGCAGGACGAAGAGUUCGGCGGUGGCCCGGGCCGGACUGUGUAGAGAUUACUUGUAGAAGUAUAAUAAGUCCGUACUCGCUAGAGUAUGUUCGGGCCAUAGCGUGAAAUUUUGAAAGACUUGAGGCACGCAUGCACUCGUCCGAGACGAUAGUCGCCUCUCCAACCUUCCAACAACGUCUCUAGAACAUGUGUGCUAUGAUGGUGAUAAGCAGCACC